AUGCAGGAACAAUUGCCGUUUAGUGAUCCAGCUAUCAUGACAUGGGACUUGACCGAUCCCGGCACCUUUCCUGGAACCCUAUCUGUCGCAUUUCCUCUAUCGUCAGAGGUCGAAUUGCCCAUCCCACCCUCGACCCUCCCCGAUACUGAGCCUUGGGAUAGUCGUUCCGAUUCACCUGAUCUCCUCGACUCCCUCGACAGCUGUUCUGAUGGCGGCAUUUCCAGCCUUGCCGUGGAGAAAUAG